AUGGAGGCCUACUUCGCAACGCAGUCCAAGCUUAAGCGAGAGCUUAACCUUCGUAAGGUGGCAGCUGUGCCUAAUCAGAACUACAAGGCCCAUGGAACCAAGUCUUACGUCUAUCUGUUGAAUCGAUUCGGCUUCACUCCCACCAAGCCUGGUCCGUAUCAUCAUGUAAACAAAAUUCAGCAGCGCGGUCUUGCGGGCUCCAAGGUGGCAGUGGGCGGUCGUGUUCGCCAGCAGAAGACACUGGUGAAGCGAGUAUCUGCGGAUUCUGAUGAAGUUGGAGAUGUCACCGCAGAGGAUCAGCAGAAUGACUCCAUGUACCUCUGUGAGGUUGAAAUCGGGACGCCGCCACAGAAGUUCAAGCUCGAUUUCGAUACUGGAUCGUCUGAUCUAUGGGUCUUCUCUACUGAACUCAGCAAGAGUCUCCAGAAGGGGCAUAACAUCUUCGAUGCGUCGAAGUCCUCCACUUUCAAGAAGAUGUCUGGCUCGAGCUGGAAGAUUUCCUACGGAGACGGAAGCUCCGCUUCUGGUGAUGUCGGCACUGAUCUCGUCAAUAUUGGAGGUCUUAAGAUUGAGAACCAGGCCGUUGAGCUUGCCAAAACAUUGGCCGCACAAUUUGCCCAGGGAACUGGCGACGGUCUUUUGGGACUUGCAUUCCCUUCAAUCAACACAAUUACCCCCGAGCCGCAGAACACUCCAGUUGCGAAUAUGAUCUCGCAGGGUGACAUUCCCAAGGACGCUGAGCUUUUCACCUCAGCAUUCUACAGCUCCCGUGAUGAGGCACCAAAUUCCUUCUACACCUUUGGCUACGUCGAAGAGGAUCUCGUCAAGGACCAGGAGAUCUCAUGGACCGAUAUUGAUAAUUCCGAGGGUUUCUGGAUGUUCCCAUCCACUUCAGCCACUAUCAACGGCAAGAAGAUUACCCAGUCUAGCAACACUGCUAUUGCUGAUACCGGCACGACCCUCGCCCUCGUGUCUGAUGAGGUUUGUGAUGCCUUGUACAAGGCCAUCCCUGGUGCGAAAUACGACGAGCAAAACCAAGGCUACACGUUCCCCACCAGCGUGACAGCCGAUCAGCUGCCCGACUUCAGCGUUGCCAUUGGCGACAAGGAGUUUGUUAUUCAGAAAGGUAGGCAAUUGUGA